CUGAAAUUCCUUGUGAAAACUUCCUUGGCUGGGAUAGAUAAUGGCGACACUUUCAGUUUUCCUUGAUGUUCCCUUAGUCACAGAAACAGACGUUGCCUUAGAUGUGUACCGAGCGGAUCCUUCACGUAAAAAAGUGUGCCUUGGCCAUGCGGGCUGCCAGACAGAUCAAGGAGAUGAACCCUGGAUCCCACCCGUUGUGCAGCGAGUUCUGCUUCAGAUCUCCCAGGACCCAACCCUGGACCACGAAUACCUCCCUCGGCUUGGCAUGGAGGCAUUCAGAAGGGCUGCCAUGGAAUUAUUGAUUGGCAAGGAGAAUCAUGCUCUCUUAGACAACAGGGCAGGUGCUGUUCAAACAGUAGGUGAGACAGGUGCUUUGUGGAUUGGAGCUGACUUUCUGCGCCGCUGGUACAAACCCAACCAUUCUGCUCAAGCAACUGUCUAUAUCGCUGUAUCACAACUAGGCUAUCUUGGCUGUAUAUUCCAAGUUGCUGGCUUUACAGACAUUCGUACGUAUCAUUACUGGGAUCCUGUCAACCUGACUGUUGACACAGAAGGGUUGUUAGAAGAACUUCAGAAUGCACCAGAAGGCUCUAUUGUUUCACUCCAUGCACCUGAAGAAAUGGGUCUGACACCCGAGGAGUGGGAAAAGGUUGCAGCAAUGAUGGAACAAAAGCAACUCUUCCCAUUUUUUAAUAUUGAAGCUCAGGGACUGGCUUCAGGAAACCUGGACAGAGAUGCCUGGGCACUACGACACUUUGUGGAUAAAGGCUUCGAACUUCUAUGUGCCCAAUCUUUUUCCAGAAUAUUUGGUUUAUAUGAGGAGCAUGUAGGGAACCUCAUUGUGGUCACAAAAGACAAUGAGACACUGAUCAGAAUCCAAUCCCAGGUGGCCAAGCAGAUCGGCAUGAUAUGGUUUUGCCCAUCCAGUUUGGGAGGACGGGUCAUUGCAAUGGUGCUGACCAGCCCAGCCCUGCUAUAUGAGUGGAAACAGAGUCUCCAGGCAUUAGUAAAAAGGAUCAUGCUGAUUAGAGAGAAAUUGAAAGAGAAGCUGCGUAUCUUGGGAACACCAGGUUCUUGGGAGCAUCUUACGACCCAGUCAGGAGUGAACAGCUUCAUUGGACUCCUCCCUUCGCAAGUGGAGUUCCUCGCAAAGCACAAACACAUCUAUCUCCUUCCAAAUGGGCAGAUUAACAUCUGCAGCAUUAACUCGAAGAACCUGAACUAUGUCGCUCAGAGCAUCCAUGAAGCAUUUGUGUCCAGCAAUGGUCGGGACAGCACAGACAGCGAUGACACGAUGAUCCAGACAGUUCCACGGAUCAAGUGGCAGUCUGAAAUUGUUUUAAAUAAGUGAAA